AUGACUGUGGUGACAGGGAGACAGUGUGAGAGGAUCUGGGGCCGUCAGAGGAACCACACCUAUCACAUCUGUUUCAAUGACGACAACAGUCAUUUCAAUGACAGCUCCGUUUGCAUGGGUGAUUCUGGUGGACCUUUUGUGUGUGCAAAUGAUGGAGGUCACACUCUAGCGGGUCUGACGUCAUGGGGAAGCAAACUGUGUUUAAUGGAGCGUACCAACCUAACUCGUGCAAAUGAAAGCGAGCAGCCCGGGAAUAAAGGGUCAAGACCGCCCCUUCUUCCCCCUUGUCGUGUUUGCGGAGGAAAAGCUUCAGGGUUCCAUUACGGUGUUAAUACAUGUGAAGCGUGCAAGGGAUUCUUUCGGCGUUCAUUCUCUCGGCCCGAGUAUGUUUGUGCGGGAAACAGCGAUUGUCUUAUACAGUUUUGGAGGAGAAACAACUGUCCCGCUUGCCGAUUACGAAAAUGUCAGGAAGUUGGGAUGUCAAAGCAAGCGAUCAAAACUGGGCGUUAUUCUUAUGAGAAAAAGACACAGUACAUAGAAGAAGUGAAGACUUCAGAAAAUAUUAGAUGUCGAUGCUCAGAUACAAUGACACAACAAGCAGACUCGACAACCUCGAUGCAUGAAAGUCCUAAGACUUUUGAGCCCGCUUGCAGCCGCCAAAAUAAACACAGUGUAUCAGGCUGGAGACAGCUGUCUUGUGGGACCAUGCAUUUAGAUACAGACACAACGAAUGCUGCUGAAAGAAAGUCCGUGCGCUCCUCAUCUAUGUGUAAUCUUCAGGGUACUAUGCUCAAGAAAGAAGAAAUUCAAUUUAGUCAGUAUUCAAGCAAAGACCAUCCUAUACUGCCACACCAGAGUUUAUUCGAGCGGCAUCCAUCCGACGAAGAAAAUGAGAAAAUAAUAAACGACUUGCUUACGUCUCAAGAUCAGUUGCUUGAGGAUCUCGACGCUUUUCUGGACGAAAUCCAUAUGAAGAAACGUCAGAAGGAAUUCCAUUGCCGUGUCCAGGACCAAAUGGUAAAAUCUGUUGUCAAGUGUUCAGACACCCCGAAGAGUGAUUUAGAAAUCAAAAGGGAUGAACAGAUGGACAAGGUAGCCGAACUUAUGGACAGUGAGUUUAGAAACACCAUUUCUUUCAUCAAGGCUAUACCUGGAUGGAAAACGUUAGAUAUGGAAGAUCAAAUAAAUCUCAUUAAAGAAGGAGCAGCAGAGUUGUGGAUCUUGGGUCAUUGUCAUUGUUUAGAUUCUGAACUAGGGGUGUUUACAGGCGAGUACGACAUGACAUUUCAGGACGCCGCUAGCAUGUGGACUGACAUAUACGUGGAGAGCGUCUAUAAGACGAGUCAGAAGUUUAAUAAGCUGAAACUGUCGAAGGAAGAACUGGUUGUUCUUAAGACGAUUGUCCUUACUUUUCCAGACCGCUGCCCUAUGGUGAGACGGGAUUCAGUAGAGAAAGUUCAGUGGCGGAUGAUGGAGUGCUUUCAAUAUCUUUGUAGAAAGAAUGGUAUUUCAUUCAACAAAAGGUUUGCAAAAAUCACAGACGGGUUAUCGGGUGCACGAGAAAUGACAGACAAAUUCAAGGAGAUUGUAAAAACUAUCGUUUGCCAGUGGGUGAUUUUUGAAAAAUUUCCGCUACUUAAAGAAUUUUUCAACAGUUUUUAG